CUCCGCGGCCCCCAGGUGUCCGGUCACGUGUCUCCGGACUGAAGGUGCUUCGUGUCGGAUCGUCUCGGAGCCUCAGAGCAGCUCAGAGAACCGGAGAGGAAAGAGACAUGGAGGGUUUUAUCUCCGGAGGAUCCUGAUUCAGAGGUCUAACUCCGUCUGCUGAGAGAAGAUUCGACCAGGAAGCCGUCUGGAAUCAUGGGGAACCAGCUGACGGAAAUCGCUCCCAACACGCCGUUCCUGCCCAACUUCCAGGCGCUGCACGUGGUGGUGAUCGGCCUCGACUCGGCCGGGAAAACCUCCCUGCUCUACCGGCUCAAGCUCAAGGAAUUCGUGAAGACCAUCCCCACCAAGGGCUUCAACACGGAGAAGAUCAAGGUGGCUGUCGGAGCUUCUCGGGCCAUCAACUUCCAGGUGUGGGACGUGGGCGGCCAGGAGAAGCUCCGUCCGCUCUGGAAGUCGUACACCCGGCGAACAGACGGCAUGGUGUUCGUGGUGGACUCGACGGAGACGGAGCGCAUGGAGGAGGCCAAGGUGGAGCUGCACAAGAUCACCAGGACCUCGGAGAACCAGGGCGUCCCCGUGCUGAUCCUGGCCAACAAGCAGGACCUGGACUCGGCGCUGUCGGUGGCCGAGGUGGAGAAGCUGCUGUCGGUGCACGAACUGAGCAUGUUCACGCUGUUCCACGUGCAGAGCUGCAGCGCCGUGGACGGCCAGGGCCUGCAGCCGGGCCUGGAGAAGCUCUACGAGAUGAUCCUCAAGAGGAAGAAGACGGUGAAGCACAACAGGAACAGGAAGAGAUGAACUUCCUGUCUGGAACUGGUUUUAACGGGUGCCAACAAACCAGCGGUUAGACUCGGCCUCGGGGUCGGAUUAAGAACUGGAGAAAGUUGCUGGUCUGCUCCUCAAAAGUUCUAGAUUUAACGGAAACCUCGAUAGUGGCUAGUCUCCACCCGAUGCUUUUCUACACAAGAUCUGCCUGCUACCUUUACUCUACGAGCACACUUCCAUCCAGGUGUUUGGUGAAGAACUUUCCUCGUUUUCCUUCACUGGUUGCACAGAUUCUGCUCCACGACGUUCCUCCAGAUUAUUUAUUCAGCGUUUCUGUAUUUGUGCCGGACAGAACAGCGUUUUUUUUCUUGUUUUUCUUUUUGUUUUUCUUUUGUACGUGAUAAGAAACGAAGCGGACGACGGAGCAGCGGUGAUGUUUAGUUUGAGCCUAAGUGCACUCCCUUCAUAGACACAGAUGUUAAGUCUCACUUAGUUUAAUAAUGAUAAUAAUAAUGAUAAUAGUGUUUAUACAGAUUGUACAUUUUUUUGCAAACUGAAGACUUAAUAAAUCUACGCACUGUACAGAACA